AUGGAGUGGGUUCGAGGAGAACCAAUCGGAUACGGAACAUUUUCUACAGUCAGUCUAGCGACGGUGUCUAAUACCGAUUCCGGCGAAUUUCCUCCGUUCGUGGCCGUCAAAUCCGCAGACUCAUACGGCGCUGCAUCGCUCGCGAACGAGAAAUCGGUUCUGGACAAACUCGGAGACGAUUGCAACGAGAUCGUACGGUGUUACGGCGCGGAUCGGACGGUCGAAAACGGCGAAGAGAUGCAUAACUUGCUCUUGGAAUACGCUUCGAGAGGAAGCUUAGCGAACAAUAUCAAGAAAUUAAACGGCGAAGGUCUACCGGAAUCCACCGUGCGUCGCCACACGGGAUCGGUGCUCCGUGGUCUACGACACAUCCACGCCAACGGUUUCGCUCACUGCGAUUUAAAACUCGGGAAUAUUCUGUUGUUCGGUGACGGCUCCGUUAAGAUUGCGGAUUUCGGAUUGGCGAAGAGAACGGGAGAUGUAACGGCGUCAAAUGACGAUGGAUUGCAGAUUAGAGGCACGCCGUUGUACAUGGCGCCGGAAUCCGUUAACGAUAACGAAUACGGAUCAGAAGCUGACGUGUGGGCUCUAGGAUGCGCCGUAGUUGAGAUGUUUAGUGGCAAAACGGCGUGGAGUCUUAAAGAAGGAUCGAACUUCAUGUCGUUGUUGAUGCGCAUCGGUGUUGGAGACGAGCUUCCGAUGAUUCCCGAGGACUUGUCGGAAGAUGGAAGAGAUUUUUUGUCGAAGUGUUUCGUCAAAGAUCCUAAGAAGAGAUGGACGGCUGAGAUGCUUUUGGAUCAUCCAUUUGUAGCCGUCGAUCUUGAUCACGGCGAUUUGGAAUACGAAGAAGAAGAAUUCGCUGUUCAAUUCAAAACAGAGGAAGUUUCGACAUCACCGAGAUGCCCAUUUGAAUUUCCCGAUUGGGUUUCGGUUUCUUCCGGUUCACAGACGCAGUUCGAUUCGCCGGAAGAGAGAGUUACGAGUUUGUUGACUGAUUUGAUCCCUGAAUGGUCUGUCACCGAUAACUGGGUCACCGUACGGUGA